AAUUUUUGGUAUUGAGUGAGAGAAAGAGAGAGAUGAUGGCUGCGAAGCUUCAGCAAUGGCGAAAUCUUGCAGGUCGUCUAGAUCUGAUGGCUCGGAUCGACGCCGUGUCGACGAGACGGUUCAUACAUGAAGGUCCAGACACCGUGGAAGAGCUUCUCGAUAGACAUCUAGCGAAAAAAGAGAAAACAAUUAUCGACGAUGAUGAGGCCGAGCUUCUGAACAGGCGGCGUCUGACGAGCACGCGCCGGGAAGCGCUGAGUUUGUACAGAGACAUAUUACGAGCGACUCGGUUCUUCAUGUGGAUUGAUUCCAGGGGAAAUCUGUGGAGGGACGUGCUGAGAGAGAACGCGAGGAAGGAGUUUGAGGCGGCGCGAUUUGAGAAGGAUCCGGAGGUUAUCACGAGGCUUCUGAUCAAUGGAAGCGAUGCGGUUUCGUCUUCUUUGGAUAAGCUUGCUGAGAAGCAGAGAGAGAUGAUCGAGAAACAACGCCGUGGCGAUCAACCGUGACUUUGACUUGAUCAUCGUGCAAGAAUAUUUCAAACAAAUACUAAACCAAUUGAGCUAAAUUUUGACAUGUUUAUAAAGUUCUUCGUCUUGAUGCCUUUGGUUAUUGCUGUAAAUGACCGCGAGAAGAAGAAGAAGAUGCUGGGAGAUUUUUGGUUCUAUGUCAUUUUGAGUGUUGCACGACUUAGAUGUUUAUGACAUAUCAUUGAAGAGUCUGUAUACAUACACACCUCUAUAAGCUAUAAACAAGGCUUUGAUUUUAGAA